AUGGUAGUGCAGUUGUUGUGUGUUGCCAAGACUAUAUCAUUUGCAGUGAAGAGUUGUCAAGAUAAGAUACACUAUGUGAUAUUAAAUAAUAUUUCAAAUUUGCAAAAAGGU